AACGAGCAAUGGCGGCGUCCUUGCGGAGAGCUGGAAAUUUAGCACGCAUAGCAAAGGUAACGCAGGACGUUACGCUGAAGGCUGCUGUGCAGCGGCGUGUGUGCAGCGUUCAGGAUCAUCCUGCAUUUUUAAGAAGCCAUGUUCCUGUGUUUUCAACUAGCUUCCUUCAUACUAGCAGCAUCUUUGAAUCACAAUCUUCUUCUCCUAUCACAGUCACAGAGGAGCCGGACACUUUGCUGCAGAAGUUGACUGUAUUGGUUAAAGGUCAUGAUAAGGCUGUUCUAAACAGUUAUGAGUUCUUUGCAACUCUGGCUGCGAAGGAGCUUGGUCUUACCCUGGAUAAAGUAUUUGAACCCCCAAAGAACAUUGAAAGGCUCACGCUUCUGAAGUCUGUGCACAUCUUUAAGAAACACAGGGUCCAGUAUGAAAUGAGGACACACUACAGAUGCAUAGAGAUUACCAGGAUAACAGGCUCCACUGCACAUGUAUAUCUAGAGUAUAUUCAGCGCAACCUGCCUGAAGGUGUAGCGAUGAAGGUCACUAAGACUGCUAUAGAGAAAGUUCCAGAACAUAUCCAGACACCCAUGUGGGAAAAAGAAAGCCAACCGGAACAAGCCAGCCAGUGAGAAUAUUUUAGAGUACUCUUCUAUUUACUGGAGAUGUGUACAAAAGGGGAAAAAACAUUAUUUAAAGAGAUUGUGUUUGUACAAAAGUAAUGAGUGGAUUUACUUGUAUGUUUAAACUCUUCUUUGUAAUACAAUAAAAACAAAAAAAAGGUUA